AUGGCGGACCAUAUUGAGGCAGCGAAGGAAUGUUGGCACUAUGCGCAGAAGGUCCGCAAGCAAUUGCAGAAGGAAUUGGAGAAGCUCAAGAAUGAUUCUGAAGGCAACGAGCUUAAGCGCUUCGAGUUUCUGGAGAGUAUCGUUUCUAGUCUCCGCCUUGCCUGUAUCCAAGUCAUAUUUCACUCAUUUGAAUAUGGCACCAAUGAGAAAGUCGAUGCCAACCUCUGGCAGGCGCACAGCCUUGUCAAUACCGAAUAUCGGAAGGCCCUCCUUCGCCUGAAGGGCACUCAACACAACGUUUUGAAGCGCAAGCUGGACAAGAUGUACAUUGGCUUCCUUAAGACGGCCCAGGGUUUCUACAUCGCAUAUAUCCAGCGUUUGGCUGCCGUCUUCCCAAUUCCUGAGCUCUUGCGCAUCGCCGAGGGCAUCAAGGCCGAGAAUCUGGUGGAGGAGAACCCGAUUGCGAAUGUCACACCCAUUGUGCGCCAAUGCAUUCUCAAGUUUUGCCACGCAGCUCUCAUUCACCUUGGCGACCUGUCAAGAUACCGUACGCAGAAUCGCCCCAAGGUGCCCUACGAAGCCGCCCUGACGUACUACUCGCUUGCUCACGAUAUUAUACCAACCUCGGGCUUCGCUCAUCACCAGAUGGGCAUCAUCUACCUGGAUGAGAAGAAGCACUUGGACAUUAUAUACCAUUUUUACCGCGCUUUGGCUAUCGAUGAACCCCAUCCAAUGGCGUCGCAGAAUCUCGAAGCCGAGCUGAAGACCCUCCAACAGCCGCCCACACCGGCUCGUCGCGCGGGAGCGCCCCCUGACCCCCAAGAGGCUUUCGUACUCUGGUUUGUUCGUCUGCACGCCUACUUCUACAAGGGUGAACCUUUCCCACAGCAUCAGGAGCUCGAGGAUGAAGUCAUUCAUAGGCUGGAGAUGGCAACCAAAGCCCCCAACACUCGCGAGCUUCUGCAGAAGAUGGUGCUGCUGAACAUGUCGGCCUUUUACCAUUCCAACAGAAAGAUGACCAACAAGUGGUCUGUUGCGGCUUCGCGGUCUUCGCAUUUCGUCCUUCGCCUGAAUGCUCGCUUCUUUUCGACAUUCUGCCGUCUUCUUAAGAAGGAAGUGGAUGAAGCCCUUGAACAACAGACAAAGGGUGAACAAUCAUCGGCAGAUAGUCUUGGAAACAAGGAAGCUGACAAAGUUACUCCCCUGUUGGAGAACAUUCUCCCUUUCAUGCGCCUGUAUGCAGCCUGGUUGGUGGCUUGCCGCGUCGAGAUUCUGAACGCACAAGACGCCUUGGAGCCCUUUAUCAAGGACAUGUACAAGGGCUUCGCAAAAGCCCUAACCGUUCUGUGCGAGAUGUACGGCAACGAGAAUCUCAAGCUUACUCCAUACAUGCUUCCCGAGGACGAGGAGGCUAUUGGAAUGCGUCCCCUCUACGACUCGCAGUUGCCAGAAAGCUGCCGCCUUCAUUAUGACGAGGAUUCUCAGGUCUUGAAGCCACAAGCCGCUCACUAUGGCGGCCAGCGCUUUGAUAAUCUUGGGGAGGCGUUUGCCAGAGUUCUAAGCACAAUCAAGUGCGGAUUCUUUUUGGCUAGCGAUGACACUAACUUUCCGUUCUCAUACGCAUCGUCUCCAAAAGGCCUUAACUUCACUUUCCAAGAAGAUUAUGUUCCCAAGGCUUCGGUUGUUGAACCAAAAGGCCAGCCAAAGGUGGAACAAAGCAGUCCUGUAAGUGUGCCAGCUGUGGACAAGAAACCGCAACAGCCGAAACAUGUUCAGAAGGCACCUUCAAAAUCAGCGUCUUCUAAGCCGCCUCCUGAGGCAGCUCCGCCACGGGCGCAGCAACAUCCUACUCCUGGUCGUAACAGGACGCGAGGCCAAUCUGACUAUGAUUUCAGCUCUGACACUGACAUGCUCAAUAUGGUUAAUGAUUUCCUGAUGCCUCCUGCGGCCCACCACGAGUCCCCGAUCGACAGUCCCGACGACACAUCGUACGGAAUGAAUUCGACCAUGGCAAAUGAGGUAUUUGGAGUGCCCCAGACCAACAGCCCGCCCGCACUCGGAUCCGCCACUGCAAAGACAUUCCCCAGCCUGCCAUGGAAUAUGAUCUACACACCGACACCGCACAGCAAGAACUCUGAGCUGACGCCACCAGACCGUGCCGCAAGGGAUGCAGCUGCGAGGAGGUCUUUUGAUGCAGGCGCUCUUAAGAGUAACGUUCAGGUGUCAAACUCCGGCCUGCUUGAUGACCCAUUUGGGGAUGGACAAGAAAGCCAAUACAUGGCCCACCAGCAGCAGCAGCAGCAACAGCAGCGAUAUGCUGGUACUCCUGAUGGUACUAGGACAGCUCAUCAAGACCGCCUGUUGCAGGCCUUUGGCAAGCAGCCCGUUGAUCCGAGACCGAUGGCCCGUGACUUUUCGAGUGGCUACGGACUAUGGCCCAACCCCUACGCCGAGGGCAAUCCGAAUGUGCUUCUGCCACGGGCAGCGUCCACUCAUGCUCGCUCGCUAAGCGGGUCUCGACCCCAGUAUCCUCAAAGCCCCGUCAUGCCGCUAACUGGAGAGAACUUUCCCUUGUCUUCGGGUAGCCAGUUCUCCAACACCAGCGGCAUGCACCAGAGCACUCCAUGCAAUGGCAUUGCGUAUACCGCAACGACUGCCUUUGGACGCGGCCCAAUUGCACAUAUGCAAGAGGAUCCUACUCACUACAAGAAUUUGGUCAGGAACAACGGAGGUGCCGCUACUGACGGCUACACUGCCGGAUACAAUGACAUGAUUCUUCAGUCUGCUAUGGUGGACGAGAUGAGACGCGCGUCAGGCCAGAACCUGCGUCGUUGA